UUCUGUUGCCUUCUCCACCCGGUCCACCACUUGCACUAACCUCCAAGGUCACCUCACGUCGCCACCGUUUCGAACGGCGGCGGAAGCCAGCUUGCUCCUCGCAGCAGCUCGCCUUAAACGUAGUCGGCUCCUCCCCCUUCCUUCCCCAGGGGGAUUAAUCCCGUCAUCUCGCCUGCUGCCGGUUAGGGCUCCUCCUCUAGCCCCUAGCUUGCAAGGGCAGAAUUCGGAGAAGAAACGGAGCGCAAUUCCGUUAGCGAGUAACCAGAAGUCCGGAUCUUUGAUAUCCGUAUCGCGAUUUGGACUCGGAUUUGCUUCACCUCUUCGAAUUAGGAGUCUUCCCUCGAUUGGUGAUCUAGAGUAUAUAGGCAGGAGCCUGCCUUUCGUCUGAAGAAAAUUUGUCAGGUUUGUCCAAGCAUCAGAGAGACCCAGCUGACCUGCUCCGAUGGAGCUCUGUAGCGUCACCUCGAUGAUGAGCCUAGGGAGUCUAGCUAUACACUGGACAUAUUUGUGCUCCCUAGUCUUCAGAGUUUUGCCAAAGCUGCUAGGCUUCACUCCCAGUUCACUGAAGAAAUUCUGCAAAGAUGUUCAUCAACCACUGACUGAGACUAUGGUGGGCACAUCGCCAGAGCUGCCUCAGGACAUCUUAAUGGGUAUCUUCGCCACACUUGAAAUGCCUGACCUUAUACGUGCUGGCGCCGUCUGCCUCUCUUGGCACUCUGCAUUUACCAGCCUACGAAGCCUUGGGCAGUAUGAACUGUCGCAGACGCCGUGCCUCCUCUAUACUUCUGCAAGUGAUAGCUCUGCUUACCUCUACAGCUUCACUGAAAAGAGAUCAUACAAGUUAACUCUUCCAGAGCCACCCAUCCACACUAGGUGUUUGAUCGGGUCCUCUCAUGGCUUGUUGGUUACUGUUGAUGAGAGAUCUGAGAUGCAUCUUGUCAAUCCGAUCACAUCUGAACAGAUUGCUCUACCUUCAGUGAUCACAAUCGAGCAGGUGAAGCCCAUCUUCGACGAGUACGGCGUUCUCCACAAGUAUGAGUUCUCAUGGCACACUGGAAUGUGUGGUUGUAACUCAUCGUGGAUCUUUGCUCUUGACAAGCUGCGGUACAAACUCCAAUAUAAGGCGUUUGUGUUCCCUGAUGCAUCCACGGGAAGCUACAUUGUGGUGCUCAUCCAUAAUCCAUUGCGCCGGCUCUCUUUUGCAAGGGUAGGGGAUGAUAAAUGGACCUGGCUGCCACCUCAUGAUCUCUACUGUGAUUGCAUUUACAAGGAUGGCCUGUUGUAUGCUGUGUCCAAAACAGGAGAUCUUCGCACUUUUGAUCUUAGUGGCCCUGUGAUCACAAUGAGGAUGAUUAUAAGCACACCCAGGAAGUAUGAACAUGAGUACGUGUACAUUGUUCAAGCUCCAUGGGGUGAUCUUCUGCUCAUUUGGAGAGUCUUUGAGGAUUAUGAUAUAGAACCUGACCCUGGGGCAUCUGUGUUUUGGAAUACUACAGGAUUCAGAAUAUAUCAAGUUGAAGCUGCGGAAAGUGGACUCAAGGAAAUCAAUUGCUUGCGUGACCAUGUUUUGUUUCUUGGGCAUAAUCAAUCGCUUUGUCUCAGUGCUGAAGAAUACCCGUCUCUUAGGGCAAAUCAUGCCUACUUUACUGACGAUAAUGCGUUAUGGACAUUGGGAUUUAAGAAUAAGCAACGUGAUAUGGGAAUUCUCAACUUGGAUGAUAACAGCAAGGAAGAACAUGUAUCUCCUCAGCUUUGUGCCAACUUUCCGGCUCCUAUUUGGAUUACACCUGGUCUUAGAAACAUGAACGUGGCUUCAGGGGCUGCUUGAAAAAUGGUUCAGUGAGCUAGCAGUUAUGUGGGUUGCUAGGUUAUUGUGGUUCCUGGAGGAAGUCAUGGGCAAAGUACUCAAGUGAUCACUUGGACCCAAUUCUGUACACACUAGCUUUGACCCAGUUGAAUAAAUAGUUUGAGUUUUAGUUUUUCUACCCAUGUUAUAAUCAUGUACUUCACAAUGUGCCAAUGGAAAACUUGAGGAAUACCCAA